GUGAAUUCUCGUUUUUUGCAGGAUUUCUCCAUCUGUUAUUUGUGAAUAUUCCCACAGAUUGUGAUGGACCUCAAGUACGCGAAUCUCCCUGGCAUUGCUCAUGGGGAACCCGAUGUUUACGAGUCGUCAGACCUUCCUGAGUCGGAGCAGUCGCAACUAAUUCAGCAGGUUGAUACCAGUGCUGCUGUUGAUGUUAUCCCGGUCGACGUUGAGCAGUCGUUGAAAAAAUUCAAAGGUUGUUGGCUGGAUCCAGAAUUCUCAGAUUUCUCUGAUAGGAUUCUGCCGCGAGGGCAUCGCGGUUACGAUCAAAGACACGGGGAAUGGGUGCUAGCUGACGAAGGAAGCGAAAACCUCGUGCAAAAGUAUCAGCGAUUGAAAAGGGAAUCGGAAGAGUUACUUGAAGAUUUGAAAAGGUGCAAAGAAUUGAAGCCUGGUGCGGACGAUCUGCCAGCCAAAUUACUUCCGAGCGCUAGUGAUCUGUUCGAUGAGUUGAGCUGUCUCAAACUGGAAAACGCAUUGGGUGCCGAAUGCGUUGCCACCCUUGGAGACGCGAAUUCUAUAUCGAAAAAAAAACUGACAGCCGCUGUUGAUUCAUUGCGAGACGCGAAGAGCACGAAAGAUGCUUCCGGAAAAGAAAUAGCUGGUCAAGAUUCUUUGAAGUAUGAAAUCGUUCAUCUUCCCGGGAGAGAAAACUAUGAAAAUAUGAAGUCACUUUGUACCAUUGAUGAGAGACUCAGCGCUUUGGAGAAAGUGAUCGGAAAUCAGCAAGCUAGUUCUAUGAAUGUUUUAAACUCCGAUGUUUUCGGCGUGCCCCUGAUAUCCGCGGUCAAAACGCUUGCUUCAAAGAUAAACUUGCUGGAUGCGAGUAAGAUGGACAUGAUGGAAGCCCGUGCGAGUUCCUUGUUGAAUAAGGUGCAUGAAAUAAGUGAUCGUGCUGCUGCUGGUGCACAAGAAAGAGACACGGCAAAACUCAAUGAACUGCAUUCCUUGAUGAAAUCAACGGAGGCCAUGCGUGGUAUGAUGCCUGAUCUCGUGGAUCGGCUCGUUGCUCUAAAGGAUAUCCAUGAACAAGCUGGUGAUGUGUUGAGGCUGGUAACGGAAAUGGACGAAGUUCAGAAAAAGCUUUUGAUGCAAAUCCGGGAAGAGCAUGAACGGUUGGACGUUCUCGAUGCCUCAGUGAAGCAAAGUGUUUCCGUGAUGAUGGGUAACGUGGUGUCGCGUGCGAUGGCUUACCUGCAGACUCGAGUGAUCACUCACCCGCAGCGAGUCUGUUCAUUAUAUAAGAAAUUGCUGAGAAACUUGGAGGCUACUUAUCGAGAACGCAUCGAGUACCGCGUUCAAGCUGUUCUACUGCGAGCCGAAUUUGACAAGCAUAAGGACGAAAAGGAUUAUAUUGUUGCCAAGCAGUUACUUGAGCGUGGGGAAAAGCACCAAUUUGAAACGCAACAUUAUCAAGCGAAAUGUUUUGCCAAUUCACCCGGUGGUGCUGCCUACGAUCGUGAAGUGAAUCCACCGGAUUGGCUGAUGGAUUACUGGCACCCUUUGGAGAAAGCCAUGUUUCCAGAUUAUUUCGCCAAGCGUGAAGCAAGAAAAAAGGAGUACAUUGAAUUCUACGAAAAGACUUAUGGGAAAAAUUCGGAUAUGAAGCAUUGA